AUGCCGACAAUCGACGUGGCCAUGAGGCGGAGUUUGGGGAGAGGGUUUCUGGAUUUGGUUGUGUCUAGCUUGCAGCCCGCUGUCCAGAAGAGGGAUGUUAUGGGGCAGAUUACAGACGUCAAGACGGCCUUCUCCAGCUGGGACAACUGUAUGCAGGUCAACUACUGCAAGUGGCCUGUGAUUGCAGUAAUCGCCGUUGGCGGCCUGAUUAUCCUUUCGGUCGUGUGGUGCUGUGGCGACUGCUGCGGCUGUUGCGAUCCGCCGCGAGGAAGCCGGCACAAGUAUCUCGACGAACCGUACAUACCACCGAACCAUGGCUAUAAGUCGCAGGAGCCGAUGAAUGCGGGCUUCGGAGGGGCCUCGCCUCAAUCCAAGAGGAAAUCAUUCGCCCAGUUUGCGACAUUCGACUUUGGGGGCAAGAAGCACAAUGAGGACGAGCUGCCCCAGAUGCCGGAAUGGGACAACUCAGAGCGCAAGAAGGUGAUGUUGGAUGACGAUGAUGCCGUGGAGAUGAAUGCUCUGAACAAGCCCGGGGCCGGUCCGCACGGUCAUGCUGAUGACGGUGCUUCGAUUGGGAGGGCUGCCGGAGCGUCGACUCCCAACGGAGCUCGUUCGCCCAUCAAUCGCAGUCCCUAUGGGCCGCCCGGUGGCGGAGCUGGGGCCGAUGGGUUUUUCGCCGCCAGCGCCGUGGGUAACAACGACCCCUACUCUCAGGGCGCGCCGACGUACAACCAGCCAGGUGCCGCGUACAACGAGCCGGGGCAGGGGUACGGAAUGGCCGGCGCGGCUAUGGGUCCCGGAAGACGGUCACCGCAUGGCCUGAACAACGGCGGUUACAAUGACGGGCAUAACAACAACGGCUACGGCCAAGAUCACGGCUACUCCGACUCUGGGGCUCAUCAUGGAUACGAUAACAACUUCGCGGCCUCCCACCAACAGCCGUACGACAACUACGACAACGAUUACAACUCGCAGGGCGCCCAAGGGUACGGAAUGGACAGCUCCCCUUAUGCUCCCGACCCGCGGCGCUCUCCCGCACCCCAAGGCCCAUACGGCCCCGAGUCACGACGAUCCCCCGCCCCACGCGGGCCCUACGACACCCCGUACCUCGGCGACCAGCGCCGCUCGCCUGGGCCUGGGGCCGCAUUCGGUGGACCUAACGCACGCCGCUCCCCCGCACCACAAGGCGACGCUUACGCCCGCCGGGGUUCUCCGGCGCCCCAAGGUGACGCCUAUGCUCGACGGGGGUCUCCAGCACCGCAAGGCGACGGCUACGCCCGCCGGGGGUCCCCGGCACCUGGCCAGGGCGGCCCGUAUGGUAGCCCCCGCGCCCCACCCCAAAGGCAGUUUUCCACUGACGGCGGCAUGCGCUCACCUGGUGGCGGCUCUGCUGGGCCUACACCGUUGCGGAACGACGCUGGGUUCGACUUCACAUCUGGGUACAGCCGGCCACCACCAUCUCGAUCUAUGACGGCAAGCCCGGCGGGUUCGAUGAGAGGACCUGCCGGUGCUGCGCCGGGUGGGAACGGGUACAGGCAGGGGAGCCCCGCGCCAGCUGCUGAUACCGCGGGUGCCUACCCCGGGUACGCGCCCUACAAGCCGGCGUAA